UUCGGGUUCGCGCGGAAAAGACAUGGCGCUGGUACAGACUUCAUUAUUACAAUCCAUUUUCAUCGUUGUGAGUGUGAAUGUCUUUUUUACGAUAGCUGCUUUGCCUGGCAUGUUAUUCCCUAGAGACUCGGAGCGCCGAGAGGUGAAAGAUUUGAGCGGGAUAUGGGACUUUCGCGCCGAUAUGUCAGACAACCGAAAUGGCGGUUUUGAGGGUUUGUGGUUUGCCAAACCAUUAUGGCAGUCUGGGAGUGUAAUUCCAAUGCCUGUUCCAUCAAGUUACAAUGACAUCACUGAAGACAGGAAACUGAGAGACUUCAUUGGCUGGGUUUGGUAUGAGAAAGAGGUUUAUGUCCCCAGGUCAUGGGAAACUAACACCACCAGAGUUGUCCUUAGAUUUGAAAGUGCAAACUACAACACCAUUGUGUGGUUGAACGGAAAAGAAGUUAUGCGGCAUGCAGGAGGACAUCUUCCAUUUGAAGUGGAUGUUACACCUCUGCUUACCUUUGAAAAACCAAACAGGAUCACUGCUGCAGUUAAUAACACACUCACACCUACAACACUCCCCCCAGGGGAGAUCCAAUAUCUCACCAAGGGAGACUGGUAUCCACCUGGAUUUUUUGUCCAGAAAUAUACUUUUGAUUUCUUUAACUAUGCUGGUAUUCAUCGUCCAGUCAAAUUAUACACCACGCCCAUUGUUUAUCUCUCUGACAUCACCGUGACAACAACUUUCUCAGACAAUGUUGGUGAAGUCAAAUUUCUUGCAACCGUGUCAUCAAUCAGUACUAUUGCCAUGCUUCCAAAAGGUGAUAUCACCAUGGAAUAUCUUCUGUAUGAUAAAUUGGGAUUUGUUGUUGCCUCAGCUGGAGGCCCUGAUAUGUUUGAAGGAACGUUGUCAAUCAAGAAUCCAUUGCUUUGGUGGCCAAUUGGAAUGAGUGAGAAGCCUGCAUAUUUGUACUCACUAAAGGUGGUCACCCGGUCUGCACUGUUUACAUUAGAAGAUGUGUAUUACCUCCCUGUGGGUAUACGGACUGUCAAAGUCGAAGGAACCAGUCUUCUUAUAAACAACAAGCCAUUUUACUUCAAAGGAUUUGGAAAACAUGAGGAUGCUGAUAUUCGUGGUAAGGGUCUGGAUUAUGUCAUGAUAGCCAAGGAUUUCAGUCUUCUUAAAUGGCUAGGUGCAAACAGCUUUAGGACAAGUCACUAUCCCUAUGCUGAAGAGAUCAUGGAUAUGGCUGAUCAGCAAGGAAUUGUGGUAGUGGAUGAGUGCCCUGGAGUGGGAAUUAGACUUAAUAACCUUGGUACAGAAUCCUUGGAACAUCACACAGAAGUCAUGGAAGAAUUGAUACGCCGCGAUAAGAACAGGCCAGCGGUUGUCAUGUGGUCUGUAGCUAAUGAACCGUGUAGUGACAAGCCCAAGUCGGUACCAUACUUCAAGACCCUGUUUGACGUUACACGCCAACUGGACAAAACGCGACCCGUCACAUUUGUAACUAUGUUCAAAGCGUGGAGUGAUAAAGUUGUACAAUUCUGCGAUGUGAUAUUCUGCAAUCGUUAUUACGCCUGGUACCACGACUAUGGCCAGACACAACUUAUUUCUAAACAGUUAGAGCGAGAGCUGAGGGACUGGUUUGAUACUCACUCAAAACCGGUUGUACAGGCUGAAUACGGAGCUGACACUGUGGCUGGUAUGCACGUGGAACCUCCUGCGAUGUUUUCGGAGGAAUAUCAAGUAAGUUCUCAAGUUUGAAAAAAGUCGAGAGCCCUGACGCCUGCGCUUUAUUUAAAUGCUCUUAGAAGUCGGUUAAAUCAACGAGAACCUCCAUGCUGUAAAUUCGUAUCUUGAAAAUAGCACAAUAUUUGAACGAAUUCGGCGCUUGAAACUGGUUUGUCAGGUUAAACCUUGGUUCAAGAAUGCAUUGAAUUGCGUGAUGAUUGGCAAGAUGCGGCUGAAUUGGCUACAGAAUAGAAAAGAUUACAGGAUGCAAGUUCGCCGUUUCUUGUUUCCCACGUUCAAGGCUCCAACCGAGUGAUUAACCCAUAAACCCUGAUGUCAGUAUGCAUAUUUUCCAAACUGUUCUUCACAUAUUACGUGGUACGGACAAGGAGAAUUUGUUUAAUAAGUAAGAGCUUACUGAAGUUGAUGAUCAUUUGCUUUAUUCUCAUGACUCUCAUGUUUCAUUCAGGGGUGAAAUUGUAAGGAGAAAUAGUCCAUUUUAUAGUUGCGUGCCUGGUUGCUAAGCUUUUGAAUUGGACAGGAGU